UUAUUGACCGACAGUGAACAGGGUAUUUAACCACUGCACGCGGUACCCGUACUCAGCUUUUAGCCCUGAUUUUGAACACUGGUGCAAGCUCUCCUUGAUACCUUUGAUUUGCAGCAUCUCUUGAUCUCUCUAGACCACUGAAUAAUUCGACAGAAUGGCAAGCUCUGGCGAUGCAGGAACCGUUACUCCAGCCCCCAACUUCAAUGCAGAGGCCGAUUGUGAGGUUCUCAGGAAAGCAAUGAAGGGACUCGGCACUGACGAGAAGGCCCUGAUCAACCUUCUGUGUUACAGGUCCAACGCUCAACGACAGGAGCUCAAAAUCAAGUACAAGUCCAUGUUUGGCAGGGACCUUGUUGAUGAUAUUAAGGGUGAACUGAGUGGACACUUUGAGGACGUUAUGCUUGGAAUCAUGAUGCCCAUCCCAGACUUUGCUGCCUACAGUGUUAAGAAAGCUGUGAAGGGUCUAGGAACAGAUGAGGAAACUCUCAUUGAGGUCAUAUGCACUGCCACCAACGAGGAACUAACUGCCAUCAAGGAAGCAUACAAAAGGCUGUACAAGAAGAGUAUGGAGGAUGCUGUACGUACUGACUUGUCUGGUGACUUCAAGAGAAUGAUGGUCUCCCUCAUGACUGCUUCUCGUGAACCAGAGGGCCCUGUAGACCAGGCUAAGGCUGCUGCUGAAGCCAAGGCUCUGUAUGAUGCAGGAGAGGGACAGAUGGGAACAGACGAGUCCAAGUUCAACCAGAUUUUGUGCGUGAGGAGCUACUCUCACUUGAGGGCUGUGUUUGCUGAUUACGCCAGGAUCUCAAAGACAGACAUUGUGGGUGCCAUCAAGAAAGAGAUGUCUGGAGACUUGGAGAAAGCAUACCUUGCUGUUGUGCGCAGUGUGAUGGAUCGUCCCUCCUUCUUUGCUGAUCGUCUGUAUCGCUUCAUGAAGGGAGCAGGCACUGAUGACGAUGAUCUUGUGAGGGUGGUGGUUGCUCGUUGUGAGGUGGACAUGGUGCAAAUCAAGGAGGCCUUCCCCAAGCUCUACAACAACCAGGGCAAGAGUCUUGCCUCAUUCAUCAAGGGAGACACCAGCGGUGACUAUGAGAGAUCUCUGCUGGCCCUUAUCAGAGAGAAAUAAUUUUUCUUGCUUUCAAGAAUCCUGAACUUCAAUAUGAUUAGUGAAACUAGAAAAUUUAUAGAAAUUUAGAGACUUUAGACUUUUGAACUUUUAUCCCCUUGUCCUGAUAUUGAAGAAGACAUAUAAUUUUUGAUACAUCAAAAA